AUGGACCGAUUUUUAAAAAAAAAAACAGAGCACUUAAAACGGAAGCAUGCUACUGCACUUAUUAUUCCUGCUUCUACAGCAGACGAUCCAGAUUCCGAAUUGCAUUCUAUUGAGCCUAUUAAUAACUUAUCGAAUUUUCAAUCUUCUUCAACAAAUUCUAAUCCACAAACUGAAUCUUCAACUUUAAAUCAAACUUUAACUAAACGCUCGCGUCAACUUAAAUUAUACGGCACAACAAAAAAUAAUGAACUAACUGUAGCAGAAAAUAAUGAAAUUGACAAAUGUCUAGUAAAAAUGAUUACCGCCGAUUAUCAACCCUUGUCAAUAGUUGAAAAUGUUGGCUUUUUAGAAUUUACAAAAAAAUUACAACCAUUAUACACACCUCCGAGUAGAAAAUUAUUGACUACCAAACUGUUGCCUGAUCAAUAUAAUGUAAUUUAUUUAAAACUAAAAUAUAUGUUGGAAAACGUUAACGAUGUAUCAAUCACUACGGAUAUGUGGACAUCAGAUUCCACUAGGUCGUACAUAACUGUAACUUGCCAUUUUAUAUUUAACGAUUGUUUGUAUUCGCCAGUUCUUGCGACUGAAGAAGUUAAAGAAAGUCAUACCGGGGAAAACAUUGCUUCGGCACUUUCAAACAUAUUUAAUGAGUGGAAUAUUUCAAAUAAAAUUGUAACUAUAGUUUCGGAUAAUGGUGCAAAUAUAAAACAUGCUAUAAAUAAUCACCUCCUAAAAUAUCACCACCCUUGUGUAGCACAUACUUUGAAUUUAAGUGUGAAUGAAUCUAUUAAUCAAAAUACAGAGUUUCUCAGGGUGCUAAAAAUAUGUCGAGCUAUAGUGGGUCAUUUUAAACAUAGUAAUCUUGCAACAGAAAAAUUAAAAGAAUUUCAAAAACAAAUGGGUCUUCCCGAGUUGAAAGUGAAACAAGACGUUAGCACUCGGUGGAACUCAACUUUAAAUAUGAUAGAAAGGCUCAUCCAAAUUAAAAAUCCUUUAUCUGCAGCAAUUUCAUCGCUUCGACGAGCUCCAAAUUGCUUAACUUCAAAUGAAUGGGAUAUAAUAACAGACUGUGCCCCAAUUUUAAAACCUUUCGAAAGUUUGACGAUAGAAUUAUCUGGAGAAAAAUACCCAACUUUAUCUUUGGUAAUACCGCUUGUGAGAGGCCUUCAAUAUACGGUUAGAAAAGUAAGACCAGAAACUGAUGCCGGUAUUUUACUACAAAGUAGUUUAUUAGAUAGUGUUUCGAGGCGUUUAGGAUCUUUAGAAAAAAAUAAAAUUGUUUCAAAAUCAACUUUAUUAGAUCCUAAAUUAAAAAAAACUGCAUUUGGAUUGGAAGAUAAUGCCAACAAUGCUCAGCAAUGGUUAGUCGACGAGCUUACAUCAAUUAUUUCUAUUAAUAAUGGCGCAAAUGAUAAUAACAUUGGAAAUAUAAACGAAACACCAACUUCGUUAACUUCAACAGGGUGCUCUUAUUCUUUAUGGGAUCAUUUUGAUCAAAAAGUGACAGAAGUUAGAAGUGUCAUAUGUCCAAAUGUUUCUGCAACAUUAAUGAUGCGUCAGUACUUAGAGUUACCCCAUUUGCCUCGAGAAAAAAAUAGUUUGGAUUUUUGGAAACAGCACAAGAUGAUAUUGCCCGAAUUAUACAAACUUCAACAAAAAUAUCUUUGUAUACCGGCGACUUCAGUUCCUUCCGAGCGGGUACUAACCAACAUAAAAAAUGAUAUAAAUACAGGUAAAAAUAUAUGUAUGAAAGACAAAUAUUUGUUACUUGUUUCAUUGCCAUCCGUUCAUAAUCAUCCAGUAGAAACAUCUCUUUUAAACUUGCCCAUUGAUAAAUCUGUGUUGCAAGAAAUAUCACGGAUUAAAAUUGAACAGUGGAAAAAAUCUCAACCAAACGACAAUUUUUACUUCCAACCAUACAGUGAAGUAGAUGGAGUUGUUACACCAUUAAUGUUUUGUCAACAAACAGAAUGGCAAAAAUAUUUAUUAGAUCUAUAUGGCAGUGUAUGCUUUCUGGAUGCAACUUAUAAAACCACAAAAUAUGCUCUUCCUUUAUUUGUCCUAGUAAUGAAAACCAAUGUCAACUAUUGUGUUGUAGCAUUUUUUUGUAUACAGUACAAAGAUUCAAAAUCUAUUGAAGAAGCAUUAAAAGUAAUUAAAUCUUGGAAUUGUACAUGGUUUCCUCAAUAUUUUGUAACAAAUUAUUGUGAAGCAGAGUAUAAUGCAAUUACCAAAAUAUUCAAUUGUCCAAGUUAUAUAUGUGAUUUUCAUGAGAACAAGCUUGGUUAUGAUGGACAAAUAAGCUAG